AAAAUGGUUCAAUAUUUGCUGAUAACGGCGAACGUCGGAUCGCUGUUCGAGCCGGAUGCUCGGUUGCACACUUCAUGGAUUAAAACUGUUGCGGAUCAAGUUGAAAGUGUUGACCCAUCGUUCUUUGUCAUACAUCUUCAAGAAACCGGAGGAAAAAAAUUUACUGAAUGCUCACAGCAAGUCCCAAUUAUCAUCAAUCGUCUCUCCACAGCACUACCAAAAUUUGAUCUGCUCAGAGCAUACGUUGACAUCGAUUAUGAAGCUAUUGAGUACACAGCUCUUGGAGCAUUGUGCUUUAUAAAAAGAUCCUUGUGGUCGAACGUUUCUCAAUUCAACUUUCACACAAAGAAAUACGAACAAUUGACAAGCCCGAAGGAAGUAGUGACUCAUGGGCUGGAAAACUACCCAUACGUCGUCAAACACAAGUUUCCUAAAGAUUUUUGGCCUUCUAUCAAAUGGGGACGUAAAGGAUACAUGCAAACAAGGUGGAAAAUUGAAAACAAAGUUUUCGAUUUUGUUAACGCACAUCUCUUUCACGACGAAUCUAACUUGGCCCUUAUUCAUGAGAACCCACAACUAUACAGCCAAAACCGGAAACGAGCACUUGACUUUGUGCUCGCCGAGCUUUCGUCAAAGGAAAACGGGUGCACGCCUCUGCUCUUUGUUUUUGGUGAUCUCAAUUUUAGGCUGGACUCUCGUUCUUUCUUAAACCGCUUAACUGAACGUACUGCUCAACAUCCAGUCGCCGACCAAGAGCAGAUGGGCUCCCUGGCCGAUGGUCUUCAGGCUUCGGCUGCAAAUCUUCAAGUAAUCACCCACCCAUCCGAAAAUUUGAGGAGGACAGUUUCGGCUAUUGAGUUCCGCAGAGAAUCGGAUAGCGAUGAUAGUCAAAAUUGUGUUCUACGGAUCGAAAAAAAGAAAUUUGACUAUUUCAAUCACAAAAAACUACUGGACGACUGGCGAUCGUACAGAGAUGACGACAAAGAAACCGAAAACUUUCAGAGCAUGUUUGAGAUGCAUAUAAAUUUCCCUCCAACAUACCCGUGGAGUGAAGAUCCAGAAAAUUCCGAAACUCUGAUGAAGACUAGGGCACCCGCAUGGUGUGAUCGGGUUCUGAUGAAUAAAAAUGCAUACUCGUUGGUGGAAGAAGGAGAGCCUCAGUAUAGGUCAUUUGGAAUGGAAACUUGUACUGGAGAUCAUAAGCCGGUCAUGCUAACAUUCAACAUCUGACAUGGUUUUCCAUUUUCCCUCAUUUUGGCCAGCCUCCAUUUUUCUUUUUUUUUUUCUUCAUCUCGAAGCUACGGAUAAACAUUUUCAAAUUGGCUUGCGCGAACUCUGAGUUUCGAAUACCUACUUUUUGUUCUCGUUGUUACUAUCAAUUUUCAAACUCUAUCAAAAUUCCAUUUUUUCCCAGUUCGCUUUUUUCCGCUAGAAAAUUUAUUUUUUCAUUGAAUGAUCAGAAACGUGUUUCUUUUCUUUUUUCUUUUUAUUUUCAUAUAAUGCACGGGGAACUCUUUAACUUUUUAAAACAAUUUUUAUCAUAAUCGAUUUUUUGUUUCUUUUUCUCUCCAUUUUCAGUGAUGUAUUGCUAGUCUUAUACACUUUUUGCUUUGCCUGACACUUUCCAUCAGUAUCAAUCAAUUGUUAAAACGAAUCAUUUGAUAAAAUUGCGAUCUUAUUAUAGAUUUAAUGAAAAGAUGAACAUUUA